CUUCAUUGGGAAUCGAAUUGUGAGGAGUAAUUCAAUUGGUCAACCUACUAUGCUUCUUACUGAAACCGAAGCUGAUCCGCGCUAUUCGAAUCCGGCGCUAUGUCGGUCGGUCAGUCCGGGACGGAGUUGUCUUUUGGUGUUAUUAAAGAUAUUCUAGAAGACCCGUCAGGCUUUUCUCUAGCUAAACUGAAGGCAACUGCAGAGGCUAUUGAACUAAAAGAUAAAAAAAGUUUGAUUGAUGUUGCUUUACGGGGACGUAUGCUGUGUCUACUUGCCUCAGACUCCAUGGACGAUGUGAAAACGCUUUUAAAAAUGGGUGUUGCGGCGGCCUUAGCGAAUUUGUGCUCUGCGCCGACUCCAUUUUUGUUAUUCGCGGAUGUUUUUAACACCAAACCAAUAUCGCUUUGUGAAGAAAUGUUUGGAUUUAUGGAGGAAACAAUCAUCACUUUGAAGGAUGUACCUUUAUUUGCUUCAGGAAGAAAUACAUUAUUAAGAAUGUGUAAUGACCUACUUAGACGCCUGUCAAAGUCACAGAAUACUGUUUUUUGCGGCCAAAUUCAACUCUUCUUAACGCGUUUAUUUCCAUUAGAUGAAAAGUCUGGACUAAAUUUUAUGAGCAACUUUAACUCAGAAAAAGAUGUGCUGUACAACAAAAAUCCCGACCCAAGUGCUUUCAAGCAUCAGGUGUCUCACGAUCAUACAUCUGAUGAUUUGGAAGAGGGGGAGAUGACUGAUUCAUCUACUCCCUUAGAAGUGGAUGCCGGUCUCUAUGUCAAAUUUUGGUCUCUUCAGGAGUUCUUUAAGUCUCCGGCUUUGUGUUACGAGAAAGCUAAGUGGAUGCGUUUCACAAGUAGCACAGACACAGUGUUAGAUGUGUUUUCGAGUAUUAAACUAAUGGCAAUAGAAGAAGGUGAUAUUUGCUCUCAGAGUAGCAGCGGAACGUUUUCCAAGUACCUUACAAGCGAGAAACUGCUAGAUUUGCAACUUAUGGAUCCUAGUUUCCGGCGGUAUAUACUUGUUCAGCUACUAAUCCUGUUUCAAUAUUUAACAACUACAGUUAAAUUUAAGACAAUUGACCAAGUACUUAGUGAGGAUCAGCGCGCUUGGGUUAAUCAAAGACAUGAAGUAGUGUUACGACUGUUAUCCUCUAAUAGUCCAAACAAUUCUUCGGGUGGUACGUUUGUUUCUACAGUAGAACGCAUUCUGGAACGUGAAAGUUAUUGGAAUAAAUGGAAGAACGACGGAUGCCCUUCAUUCGUACGAAAUCCUGAAAAAUCUAGGUUAUCUGUUAGGAAAAGGCAUAUAAACCCCUUAGUUACUCGUACUGGUCAGAAAGUUUAUCGUUUUGGUAAUCGAGAGCUAGAUAAAUUAUGGAAUGUAUGUCCGGAUAAUUUAGCUGCUUGUCGGGACAAACGGCGAGUUUUCAAUCCAGAUCUUCAUUCCUAUUUUCAAGAUGCUAUCAUGGAAAUGGACCCAGCGGAAAAAGUUGAAGAGGAAUACAAAUCGAUUAAUAAAGAUGAAUGGAGCUGGCGCGCUCUUCGUUUUCUUUCAAGAAAGUGUCCACAUUUUUACAUCAACUGGAACCCACCUGGACGACCUGUAAAGGACUAUUUAUCAGUUAUUCUCACUGAGAAAAUUCAAUCUGAGACAAUAAAUUUUGAAGGACUAAAGUGUGGGUUAGUUCGCUAUAUCCAUGGAAGAAUAUUGAACAUUUGUGAGUGAACUAGUUUAUCUAACGUGUUUGUAUUCAUGUUUUCUCACAUUCAUCAUGUUCGUAUUAAGUUUGUCUAUAAAAUUGAUUUAAAGAGAUAUAACUUUCUAAAUCUAUAAACUAAAUUUCUUCUGACUUUGGUGUUUUACAAUUUUGAAGUAAACUAUCCAAACAUUUUGAUUGUCUCUUACUUCAAGAAUACAUUUAUAGGUUGAAAGGGAAACUAUCCUAGAACUAUAUUUUCCUAUUGAUCCUUGCAGUUUCUGUGAUAUUCUUGUAACCCAAAGUCAUACACUGUUCCAACUCAGUUGACAUUAUGUUCAGUGUUGAACUGCAUCUCCUGAAACACCAGUUUUUCAUAACCAUUUUUCAGAAAGGUUCGAGCUCAUCAGUGUUCUGUACUUGCAUUGAUAUCUCAUCACUGACCAAUCAUUUAUGUUCAUUCGAUCAACAUGAUUUUUGAGUUUAAUAUCCUUAUAUCUACAUUGAUUUUCUCUUACAGUACCAUUAAAAAGUGUGGUGAUAUGAACAUAUAAACGUUUGUCCCAUGACCUACCUCAAUACUGUUUUAAAUGUGACUCAUGCGUCAGGUACUGGUUUAUGUACUUUGAUCUACAUUAUUUCCGCAAUAGCUUGUGAUACCACUCGACUGAUCAAACCAAAAUUGGUGAAACUAGGGUUCAAAUCUGUGACCUAUUAACUGAAAGCGUCCUAAAUCCCGACUGUUGCUGUUACUUUGACGUGGUGGUCGAGUUUGCCUAUCGUGAUGAAGCAAUCGGGCUAUACUGGCUGGAACGAUUGUUCCUCAAGGUCCUACCAUGCCAGAUAGAUGCAGGUCCAGUUGCCUAACAGAGGGCAUUGUUGUCAACAUUUAAUUAAAUUGUAAGGUCGCGAAAACCUCUCAGGUUUAGACAUUAAUUAUACAUGUAAACGUGUAAACGUGUUUGAACUGAAAUAGUUUUAAUUGUUCUCUUAUCAUAAGAAUCUCAACCUCAAGAAAACAACAAAAUUUAUCAAAAGUUUAUCACGAAAUAAAACUGACUCUUUUUUCAAUAAAAACCAUUUACAUUAUUUGAAAUUGUAUAAUCGCGUUUCUUUAAAUAUAAACUACGUUUUUAACGUGACCUCAGUAAAAUUUAAUGUCGUUUCACCAUAAUGGAUGACUUCCGGUGACUAGCGGUAACAUUUUUUUUAUUUAGUCACCCAUUAUUAAAAUAAUUUAUCUUUUUUACCGGUCUUUUUCUUUUUAGGAGGAUAAAAAGGGUCCCACUAUUAAUGUUUCUGAUUGUGACAAUCGUCGUGGCUCUGAUGGCAGUACUGGCGACUCCAUACCCAAUAAACAACCUAAACUGGAAGAAUCAGUUGAUUCAACAAUACUAGAUUCUACUGUAAAGUCUUCCAGCUUGUCACGUACCCGAUCAGUUCCGAAUACCAAGCAGUUACAGGAACAUACCUUAACUAAAGGUCAAACAAAUGCCAAGUCAUAUGGUAGCCCAAUGAGAACUCGGUACCGUGAUACAUUAACAGCAAAUGAUGGAGUUGAUACAGACUCAGGGAGUGAUAAUGAUGCCAACGGUGAAAAUGAUAGUGAAUCUGAUUCCAUUACUGAAUAACUGUGUGCAUCAGAACAUUGUGUUUGUAAUUAUAGAUCAAAAUUUUGUUUCAACAUUUAUAAGUAGUAUAUGUAGCUAUGCGAAAAUAAAUUUUUUGUUUCGCUUCUUUCUUUUUUUUUAAUUCCCUCGUGUUUUUAUAAACUUGUGUCUUUAUUUUUCCAUCUAUUCACGCCUAGAAACAGCCAUUGUGAAUAUUUUUCAUGUUUGUGAAUAAAUGUGUAUAUUUAUC